AACACGACAUUUAAACAAAAAGGACAUUUUUGCAAUGGUAUAAGGUGUAAUCUAUAGCGGGUCGGUAGAUUUGGUAAUUAAACAAAGCGGACGCAGAGCGUAAACGAGCCUUUCAUGAUGGGAGAUGGAGUACAAAGCCGGAGAUGGACGUAUUUGUGGAUUGCCUCUUUGUUGCUUUGCUUCACGGACCAGAUUUCGCCUCAGAUAAGGUACUCUGUUCCAGAGGAGGUGAAAGAGGGAACCAUUGUAGGAAAUCUUGCUAAGGAUUUAAGCCUUGAUGUGAGUUCUUUGGUUAACAGACGGCUCCGUAUCGUUUCCGGACCCAAACAAGCACUUUUUCAAGCUAAUCAGGACAAUGGCGUCUUGUACGUUCAAACUAAAAUCGACAGGGAGGAGGUAUGUGAGGAUAAUAGCGCCUGCUUGAUAAAUCUGAAAAUUGCUGUUGAAGCCCCUUUAGAAAUCCACCAUGUUGUCGUCGAAAUAACAGAUAUCAACGAUAAUGUCCCCAGUUUUUCUCAAACGCAUCAGCAUUUUGAGAUAGCUGAACAUACCCCUGUAGGAACAAGCUUCCAGUUGCACGCAGCACGUGACCAGGACACGGCACCAAAUUCGGUUCGCAAUUAUAAAUUAGGCCAGAAUGCUAAUUUUGAAAUCGAUACUAAAAAUAGCGACGGAGAUAAAAUUCCAUUCUUAGUUAUACGGAAGCCACUUGAUCGUGAACAAACAGAGGAUUAUCGGUUGGUUGUUACAGCAGAAGAUGGGGGAAAUCCCCCGAAAACAGGUACCUUGAGCAUUAACGUUAAAGUACUUGACAUAAAUGAUAAUCGUCCUGUGUUCAGUCAAAACGAAUAUUCUGUAACAUUACAAGAGAAUGCUCCAGUUGGCACCGUUGUGAUUACAGUAAAUGCAACUGACAGUGACCAGGGCUCCAACGGUAAUAUUGAAUACGCAUUCGUCAAAACAAUGAAGCGCAAAGUCUAUGACAUUUUUCAAUUAAAUGGCAUUACAGGAGAAAUACUAGUUAAAGGUGAAGUUGACUUUGAGGACAUGGAGGUUUACAAGUUAGAUAUACAGGCCUCGGAUAAAGGACAGCCUCCUCUCACAGUGGAGAGCAGAGUAAUAAUUAAGAUUUUAGAUAUUAAUGAUAAUAAACCGGAGAUUGAAGUGACGUCUCUGUCAAAUAUUGUUGCUGAAGACUCCAGUAUUGGCACUAUUAUUUCUUUCAUCAGCGUCUCUGACAAAGACUCCGAACUUAACGGAAAAGUUGUAUGCACUCUAGCAGGAAGUGUCCCUUUUGAACUCAAACCAUCCGUUCAAGAGAAUAUGUACUCAUUAGUAACGAAGCAAAACUUAGAUCGUGAGAUGGUAGCAAAUUAUGACAUCAUUAUAACAGCCACUGAUUUAGGCCAGCCUCCAUUAUCCACUAUUAAAACUUUAUCCCUGCUGAUAUCAGAUGUAAACGAUAACAGACCGCAGUUUUAUCAACAUUCUCUUGAACUGUACUUGCUAGAAAAUAAUACCCCUGGUACGUCAAUUUUUCAAGUGAGCGCUUUUGAUGACGACUCUGAUGAAAACGCGGUGCUAUCAUAUCACAUUAUUAGAAAUGGUGGCGCACAAAAUGAUAUGACAUCAUUCCUGAAUAUCAAUUCUGAAACUGGAGUUAUUCACGCGCUCAAAAGUUUUGAUUUUGAGAUUAUCAAAAUGUUCCAGUUUCACGUGCUCGCUACAGAUUCUGGAACUCCGUCACUAAGCAGCAACGUCACAGUGAACGUCUUCAUUCUGGAUCAGAACGACAACGUUCCAGUGAUCUUAUAUCCAGUCAGCGCUAACGGUUCUUCUGAAGGUGUGGAGGAGAUUCCCCGCAAUGCCAACGCAGGACAUUUGGUGACUAAAGUGAGAGCCUAUGACGCGGAUAUAGGAUACAACGGUUGGUUAUUAUUUUCACUGCAGGAAGUGAGUGACCACAGUCUCUUUGCUUUGGACCGUUAUACGGGACAGAUAAGAACCCUUCGCCCAUUCACAGAAACAGAUGAGGCUGAACAUAAACUGGUCAUAUUGGUCAAAGACAAUGGAAAUGUUUCACUUUCAGCAACAGCGACUGUGAUCAUUAAACUUGUUGAACCCAAAGAGGCUUUUGCUGCGGCCGAUGUUAAAAACGCAGUAAAAGAAGAGAAAGAAAAUGACGUUACAUUUUAUUUGAUCAUUACCUUGGGCUCGGUUUCAUUUCUUUUCAUUAUCAGUAUUAUUGUACUGAUUGUAAUGCAGUGCUCCAAAUCUACAGACUAUUCCGCCAAAUAUUUACAAGAUACAAAUUACGACGGGACACUGUGUCACAGCAUCCAGUACAGAUCCGGAGAUAAACGCUACAUGUUAGUAGGACCCAGAACUAGUAUCGGUUCUACUCUAGUUCCAGGCAGUAAUGCGAAUACUCUAGUGAUACAAGACCACAGGAGGAGAACUUCUGUUGAGGUAUGGGUAUGUCUCUAA